GUUACGUUUAUUAUGGUCGCUCGCUCUGGUUUCAUUUGACUCCCGCAGUAGUUUCAUUUUGUUAUGACUUCUCUCCUGAGCUUUAUUGUUAGUACAAUUGAACUGGAAUCAAACUAUCUAGAAACGUAUGCAACUUCAUUCCACACUGCAGUUAAACAUUCCUUUUAGCUGGAACACACCAAUUAGAAAACUAACCAUAGAAAAUCUGGACUUGUAAAUCGGCACAGUUCAACAUUGGCACCAAUUUAUUCAUUUCAACUGGAAGUUUGACGUACAAAGAGAGAACCACGUGAAGGGAUUGAAGAAGAAAUUGAAAAAGAGGAAACAAAGAGAGGAAGACGGGAUAAUUUCCUCUUCCACAUAUCUUCUUCGUGGUUUUCAUAGUAAGGGGACAGCUGUAAUCAGUCAAGAACACAUCAGACAGGAUGGGUGGGGGUAUGAGCACUACAGGGCGGGAGGCGCUGAAUCAGACAAACCACUACAGGCGACAACACCACGCCGGAGAUUUGACUUGGGACAAAUCGGCCGCCAGACACGCCAGCUCACUUGCCAAGAAGAUCGCACGCACAGGGCGCUUGGAGCACAGUGGGAGCAAGAAGUUUGGAGAGAACUUGGCGAUGGGCACUACUAUGGACGGGAAGAGAGCAGUGGACCUAUGGUACGCGGAGGUCAACAAGUACAGUUUCGGCAACAGUAACUUCCAGCCAGGCUGUGGCCACUUCACUGCGCUGGUGUGGAAGGGAACUGGGAAGAUGGGAGUGGGCAGGGCGAGAAGGAGAGAUGGGUCCGAGGUGGUGGUGGCCAAUUUCUUGCCCCCCGGAAACAUGCAGGGCAGGUUCAAGGAGAACGUACUGCCCAAAUAGACGACACAUCUAAACAACAACACAAAAUUAACCACCCCCACCCAAUCCUCCCAUUUCAAACACAAAUACGAGAGGAGGGGGGAAUGGAUCUAUUUGAUCUAUGGCAUGUUAGCUCUUUAUUUGGCGAAAUCAACCAUUUGUUUAUGUUUGCACUAACAGCUUAAAAUCAACAACGAGACAGCAAAUCAUUGGCUAAAUCUAUCUAAACAUUUCAAAUUCAAUAUCUUGUUUCAAUCAUAAGUUGAGUAGAACGU